CUCUGCAGGCCUCUUGAGGUCCUGUAUCACGUUGACCGUUACCGAUCUAUUGUGAUCGCCACUGACUAGAUAUCCCCUCCAAUACUGGUUGCUGCCAGGUACAGCAGCAGUUUCUUGGCUGGUACUUCAGGUUACUUUAUUUUAUUACUAGCUGACUAGUAUGGAUACGAGGAUAAUAUAGCCUAUAGACUUCCUCGAUAUAUGUGCUAUCUAACAUUGAAAGAAUUUUUCAAAUCGGACCAGUAGUUCCUGAGAUUAGUGCGUUCAAACAAACUCCUUAUAAUAUUAGUAUAAAUUAUUUAUUGAUUUAUUAUUAACCAGUAGACGCGCGCGGUUUCACUGACGGAUGUCGCUUUUUCGAGAUCUAGACCAGACAUUUUCCUUUUGUCCAAACAAACUAAGCGAAUAGUACUUGUAGAGCUUACUGUGCCGUGGGAGACUAACAUUCCGAAGGACACACACAGUAUAAAAGUGAAUAAAUAUUAUGACCUAACAAAUGAACUAACUAAAAAUGGCUAUGUAAACUUCAUUUUUUUAGAAUUGCAAAAUCUUGUAAACAAAUAUGGCCGUAUUCAUCACUGACAUUAGUUGUGACGUCAUCCUAGGGAUGGGCCGUUGAUGAACUAUAUCGAGAAUUAACUUAUACUAAUCGAAUUUUAUAUCAAUUGUAAAAAAAUCACUUUACUUAAAAACUCACUUCUAAGUUGGCAACACUAAUCACACAGUCAAAAUACGCGCGAUAUUAACUGUCUACCUCUUUCUGUUGCAUAUUAAUUAAUACCUAUCAAAUAACAUUUUUUUCACUUGUAUCUGUUUGUUAUAAAUUAAAAGAGUACUAAAAAAUUUAGGCAGUACUUGUUAACGCAUUAUCUUUUUUUAACAUAUAAGUACGUAACUAACUAAACAGCGCUAUGAAAAAAAUACUUUAUUCAAAUUACUCAAUUACGAUAUCGAUACUGAACGGAAUACAUUCGAUAUUUACAAUCGGUAAAUCGUUCAUUUUUAAUCUGUGGUGACAAUUUUACUUGGCACAACCUUAGAGAGACGAAACGUCAAAUUAACAUUUAAAUGUAAUCUGUGUGCAUAAUUUCGUGUUUAAUUUCGUUUAUUUCUAAAAAUUUUGAUUAAACCCUGUGUAAAUUAAAAAAAUGUUACGUUUGUAUGAUUCUCCAUAGGUGGAUUGUAAAGAACAAAGUGUUUGUGCGUGUUUUAAUAGUUUGAUGGUUCUGAAAACUAUUAUGAAAGUUUGGCAUCGACAAAAGGGUUUGUUUAUUUACCAAAUAGCGCAAUUCAAUCUGGACAUGGUAUAGUUAGUCUGUACGCCGUAGAAGUAGGUGCAAGAGGAUUACCAGCAAAAUCUCUCUGUAACUUUCUUAAAGACCUUGGCCUCUCUAGAAGUGUAGAUAGUUCUAUAUUAGAACGAGUAUCCAAAGCUGCUCUAAUAGGAUCUGUCAACGCCGCAAUGUUACCUAAGACAAUAAUUGCCGGAUAAUUUGGACAGGCGUUUACUUUAUUGCAUCAUAUCAUUUGUCUACCUACCUGCGAAUAUUUUAUAUUGUCAUUCACUCUUGUGCCAUCUUCCAUUACAACGCAAUACACGCUUUCAAUAUCAAAAGGCCUUUUAAUUAACAAAAACCACGAAGAUCAAGUCCGACAGCAAACAUUUUGGCGACCGUGCAGAUUAACAACCGCGAAUCUACAAUCUUUUGGAUAUUACAAUCGACGGACAAGAAAUUCGUGACGAAAACAUACGAAAAUUAGAUGACGCAAUCUCAACAAAGAACAAAGAAAAGACGAACCAACUCAGUUAAGUGCCUUAAAUCCUUUCUUAUCCUAUUCUAAAAACUAUUAACUUUCUAUUUACAGCAAGAUUUGUGCAAAUAAUAGUAUCGAAAUCAAGUGGAUUGUGAAACAAUGUGUAACAGUUAGGUUAUACCUAAGUACCUAUUAAUGAGUUAACGAAAUAUUAGUUUUGCUUAUUUUACGUAAUAUUAUUUAGGUUUUUACUAUAAUCUCAAUUUAAAACAUUACAAUUUGGUUAAAAGUUCGUAAAGAUUAAUUAAUUUCAUACAAUUCAUACUUCAUUAAGAAAAUUACACAUAGAUUUGCAUACCUACCUAGUAUCCUAAACAAUACCUAUCUACUAUACCUAGCUUAUUAUUCUAAAUUACGUAAAUCUAUAAAGUUAUUACCUAUACCUAAUUACUUACGCUCUCAUAUAAACUUGUCAUAAUAUACUUUUUGACUUGUCAUAUACUUACUUGGUACUCAAUCGUAUUGCCGAACAUUCCAGGAUCGCGUUGCUUCGCUCCGCGCGCCUGCAACCUACCUACCUAGCACCUACGUUAUCUUAUCAGCUAAGGACGCGCGCAGUCGAGCGGUUUGAAGGCGGUUGAGAUUCGUUUGUAAGCGGCCUAACAAGUAUCACCGAAUAAAGGAGCGUGAGCUAAAACUUUUCUUUUUAGUACUUAUUACUCGAUUACUUUGCAAUAGCCUACAUAAUUAUACAUGAGGUACUUGCCUAGUUUUUAUUUUGUUUGUUUAUAAUUUGUUUGUAUCAUUGUUCACAUAAAUUAUUACUAUUUAAUUACAUUUCAAAUCUUGUAAUACACAAUGACUGAAAGUGCUAGUAUGCCCGCUGUUGCAAAGGAAUUAAGAGAACUUUAUGCAAAACGUAGCUCGGUUAAAGGGCGCAUUACUAAAUAUAAAACGUAUUUAAAUUCAAUUUCUUCUAAUAGUUUAACACCACUUGAGGUUGGUGAGUUAAAAUUAAAAACAGAAAAGAUCAAAAGACUUUCGGAUUAUUUUGAAGAGUUGCAAAAUCGAAUAGAAGUUGUAAAUUCAGAUAAUAUGUCAUUAGAGCUUACUGAACGCGAUAACAUUGAACAAGAUUUAAUGAUAACAAUUGCUACAGGCUUACAUCUCAUAGAUUCUAAUGAAAGCAUCUUGAACUCAAGUCGGCCUCACUCACGCGACGAGCGCGGUGACCAUUCGACUUCUAUUGUUUGUCAUCACGAUAACCACGACAUGGGUUUCAAGCUUCCUGAAAUUCAAAUUUCUAAAUUUGAGGGUCACUUCUUCAGAUGGUUGGAUUUCAGAGACAACUUUUUAUCUUUAAUUCACAACAACGAUCGAAUAAAACCAAUUCAUAAGUUUCACUAUUUGCGACUUUAGGUCAACCGACCGACCACUGGGACACGCUUAUAAUUUAUAUUAUGUCCUCAAAAUUAGACAACAAUACUAUAGGGAAGUGGGAAGAGCGUCGUAAUAAUUUUGACGAAGUACCUACUCUAAAGCAAUUUAAUAAAUUUUUGUCUGAUCGUGCGGAUGUCUUAGAAACUUUAAAUAGAAACAAAAAUGACAAAUUGAGGCAACUACCGCGGCCAAUGACUAGUUCAGUACGCAACUACAACAACUACAACCACUACAACAACUCCAACAAAAACAAUAAUAAUAAUGAAUUAAAAUCUUUUGCAGCUAGUUUUAAUACAAAUUCUUACCGCUGUUCCGUGUGCAAGAAUGAUCAUCGUAUAUACGACUGUCCCAUAUUUUUAGCUAAGAGUGUGGGGGAGCGCAAGACCGAGGUCUCAAGAUUAAGGUUAUGCUUUAAUUGUUUGCGUGGCUCUCACUCUCUUCGCUUCUGCAGGUCUGGACCAUGUCGUACAUGCAAUGAAUUACAUAAUACUCUUUUAUGCACUAUUUCAAACAAACACGAUUACGAUACAUCAAAUACAUCAAAUAGUACAACUAAAAAUACAACUCACAAUGUACCAAACAGCAACUUGGUCAAUUGCUCCACGUCCAUACAAAAUACUAAUCAAAUUAUUUUAUCCACUGCUUUGAUUACAGUGACGAAUCCUAAAACAAAUCAAAUCGAAAAGGUCAAGGCUCUCCUUGACUGUGGGAGUCAAUCUACAUUUAUAAGUCAAUCUUUGAAACAAAAACUAUCACUCGAUUCAGAGCCUAUUAAUACAAUAAAUAUAAUAGGUAUCGGCAACACCAGUUGCGAUGAAGUCACAGAAACUUGUACACUACAAUUAGGUUCAAUAAACAAAGAUUUCAAUAUUCAACUUACCUGUUAUGUUAUGAAGCAACUAACAGGUCAAAUUCCUAAAAUACCUAUCAACAUUCAACAACUACAAAUACCUACUGACAUACAGUUAGCAGAUCCAACGUUUGAUCAGCCAGCUCCAAUUGAAGUUUUGAUUGGUGCCGAUAUUUUCUGGGACAUCUUGGGUUGUGAGCAACAUUCUCUCGGCCCCAAUAAUCCUAAAUUAAGAAGUUCUAAGUUCGGUUGGUUAAUUUCGGGUCCUAUUUCAAAUAUUUCUAAAUCUCAAAAUAAACAAUGUCUUGCUAACGUAUCUCAUGUAGACGAAAUCGACCAACAAUUAACGAAAUCUUGGGAACUUGAAUCAGUUCCUACAAAUACAAUUUUACACGAAAAUGAAAUUGCUUGCGAAAACCAUUUCCGACAUUUUACUCGACGAUUAAGCACAGGUAGAUUUUGCGUUAGACUACCUCUAACUAACGAUCCUAAUAAUUUAAGCAACUCUUAUGACCUAGCCAAACAACGUUUUCUUAAUUUAGAAAGACGAUUAAAGAAGCAACCGGCUAUUAAGUCACAAUAUAUAGAAUUUAUGCGCGAAUACGCAGAGUUAGCCCAUUUAGAAAAGUCAAAAUUUUGUAUUCCAAAUCCAUCGUAUUUCCUUUGCCAUCAUUCAGUUUUUAAACCAAACAGUGAAUCAACCAAAAUCCGCAUCGUCUUUGACGGUUCGGCGCGAGUUCCUUCCUCAGGCCUGUCUAUUAAUGACAUUCAACUAAUAGGCCCAAAUAUACAAGACUUUCUUUUCUCCAUUCUGAUUCCAGCGUGUCAAUACAAAUUCAUUUUAACAGGCGACAUAAAAGAAUUGUACCGCCAAAUUUUAAUUGAUGAAGAGCACCGAAAUCUUCAAAUAAUAUUAUGGAGAGAAAAUGAGUCUUUGCCUUUAGAAAAACUUCGAUUAAAUACUGUUACUUGUGGUUUUGCAAGUGCCAGCUAUUUGAAUACUCGUUGCCUUUGGCAACUGGGGGAGGAAUGUGAUGACGAACAAAUUAAAAAUAUUAUACAACAUGAUUUUUACGUUGAUGACUUAAUAACCGGUUCCGACAAAGAAAAAGAUUUACUUUACAUUCAAAAUUCUGUAUCAGAGGCAUUAAAAAAAGGUUGUUUUAACUUACGAAAAUAUAGAUCUAAUUCUAAAACUAUUUAUCAAUCAUCUACUAUUCAUUUUACUGACAAUUUAAGUAAAGUGAGUCAUCAAAUACUUUGGGAUUAAGAUGGAAUCCCUUUUCUGAUACUUUUAAUUUUCCUAUUCAAAACCCAUCAUACAAAAACAUUUUAACUAAAAGACUAAUUUUAUCAUUAUCUUUAAAAAUAUUUGACCCGCUUCGAUUAUUAAGUCCUUUCAUAGUUAAACCUAAAAUUAUUUUGCAGCUAUUGUGGCUCAAGAAAGUAGAAUGGGAUGAUCCCGUUCCUCAGGUUAUAAAAUUAUCAUGGGAAAAAUAUUCUAAAUUUACUAAACUAAAACAAGUCACAGCUUACAUAUUAAUAUUUAUACACAAAACUAAAAACCCUAAAUCUAAAACUAUCGAUAAUUUAACAAUUGACGAAUUAACUAACUCAUUUCAUUUCUUAUUAGCUCAAAAACAAUCUUUUCCGAAUUAAUAUGCAACUCUAACCAAAAGCAAACAACUAAAUUCUAAAUCAAACAUUCUCUCUUUAUCUCCAUUCAUCGACGAUCACAACUUGAUUAGAGUAGGCGGUCGAAUUGACGCUUCUAUGUUUAAGUUAUGAUCAUAGGCAUCCAAUCCUUCUUCAUUCAUUCCAUUAACUAACAAAAUUUAUUUUCAAUUAUUACCACAUUAAUUUACAUGCUGGUCCACAAUUACUGUACGACAACUUUUUUGGCCUAUUUAUGGCAGGCGGCUUGCUAGAAACACAGUACAGAAAUGCGUCAUGUGCAGACGAGUUCAAGAUAAAACUCUCAAUCCUCUUAAGGGAAAUUUGCCAGCAGAGCGCAGAACCUAGUCGGUGCUACUAAUGACAUUAAGAAAUUCCUAAAACAAAACAAACAAUAUUUUAUCGAAUUUGCAACUCAAGAACAAAUUAAAUUCAAAUUCUCACCGUCAUAUGCUCUUCACUUCGGUGGCAUUUGGGAGGCUGGCGUGAAAUCCGCGAAACAUAUUAAACGCGUAAUGGGUAAUACACAUCUGACGUUCAAGGAAAUAAGUACAUUGUUUGCACAAGUCGAAGCUAUACUUCUAACAGUCUUCUCCUGUGUCCAUUAUCUCCUUCUCCAAACGAUUUCCUAAACCUUACUCUAGAGCAUUUUCUGAUUGGUCGUCCUAUCACUUCACUGCCGUCACCCGAUCUAACUGACCAUAAAUCAAGCAGUCUGCAGCGCUACUCAUGGCUUGAGCAAAUCAGACAACAUUUUUGGAACCGUUGGAACAAAGAAUAUGUCUCCGAAUACAAAACCGACUCAAGUGGCGCACCAACGACGGCCCCAAGCUCAAAAUUGGUGACCUUGUUUUAAUACAUGAAGAGUACGUGCCUCCACUUUCCUGGCGAAUGGGACGAGUUACACGGAUGUUCCCAGGACGUGACGGAGUUUCCAGAGUCGUCGACAUAAACACCACCAAAGGAAGCUUAAGAAGACCACUAACCCGAAUUUGUCCAUUGCUGCCUGAUUAGUGUUUGUAGAAAGACAAGCCUUUCUACGCGGGGGAGGAUGUCAACGCCGCAAUGUUACCUAAGACAAUAAUUGCCGGAUAAUUUGGACAGGCGUUUACUUUAUUGCAUCAUAUCAUUUGUCUACCUACCUGCGAAUAUUUUAUAUUGUCAUUCACUCUUGUGCCAUCUUCCAUUACAACGCAAUACACGCUUUCAAUAUCAAAAGGCCUUUUAAUUAACAAAAACCACGAAGAUCAAGUCCGACAGCAAACAGGAUCUUACCAAAUUUGGCUAGGCAGGGAGAGAACGGGGAGUGUUGAUCGAUCGUCAAGGAAUUCCUUAACCCUACAUCCUGUACUCACAAGUUCAGGACUCUGCUCGGAGUUCUUCUCUCUACCAAGUUAAUUUUUUUUCUCUAAUUCGGGGUCGUCCGCUCGUUGAUAAAUAAAGUCUAGAACUGUC